AAAGUAGACCUAAAGCUCACAAAGGAACUAUAAGUCGGCCACCUGCUCUCGAUCCAGAUCCUGUCCGUUCUCCAAUCAAGCAAACCCGUAAUCCGUACCAAGGCUUUUGGUACAAAAGGUUACCAGCGGCAAUCGUCUUACCUCAGUGGUACGAGGUCGAGGGCCUACGGAAGCACGCUCAAGUUUCCUAGUCCUUCUCUUGUCGCAAUUCGAAAUAUUUAUCCUCGGUUCCGUGCAGCAGCCCGCCAGAAAACUCGCGUGAAAAGUGUCAAACUGUCGGCAGGUCAAUGGAAGACCAGGUUGAACAGGCGGUGGAGAUUGCUCUCAGUAGCAAUGUCGAUAGUAAUCUGAAGCAGCAGGCUAUGGCCUUCUGCAACCAGAUCAAGGAGUCGAGCGAUGGAUGGCAAGUCUGUCUUGCGCUUUUUAUGAGCGAACGGAAAAGAUCUCCAGCUGUUCGCUUCUUCGCGUUACAAGUCGUGGACGACGCCUUGGUUAAGCACCUGAACGGCAAUCAAAAGCAAUUGGACGAGUCGUCAUUAGCAUCCGUCAAAGACGCUCUUCUUUCCUACAUCCAGCGCGAAUACGGCCCGCAGAACACAGCGGAGACCGACGCAGUCUUCAUGCAAAACAAACUCGCUCAAACAAUCACAUACUUCUUCCUCCUCUCAUAUCCGCACACGUGGCCUACAUUCUACGACGACCUAAUCGCUCUCUCCUCAAUCGGAGGCCACCUACAAAACGCGCGUGGUCUGCAGCUUUUCCUGCGCAUCCUUCUCUCGCAGCACGAUGAAAUUGCCGAUACGCUAAUUCAACGGUCAAACGACGACGCGCGCCGGAAUGUCACAAUCAAGGACGAGAUCAGGGCGGCGGAUAUGAACAAGCUGGCGGAUCUGUGGAGGCAAAUUCUGGUGCAGUGGACGAAUCGAGAGGAUGGGUAUUUGAUUACGGAUAACUGUCUGCGCGUCAUAGGUUCUUGGGUUUCAUGGAUUGACAUCUCACUGAUUGUUACUCCGCAGUACAUGCAGCUUAUUUUCAGCAUCCUCGGAAACGAGUCAUUGCGCGGGGCGGCCUGCGAAACGUUGUCUGAGAUAGUGAGCAAGAAAAUGAAGUCGGCCGACAAGCUAGAGUUGAUCGGGCUGCUCAAUCUGCCGCAGCUCAUCAGCCAGCUUCCUUUGGGCUCGGAUCCCGAGUUUACUGAGAAGGUUGCCAGGCUCACGAAUGUGGUGUGCACAGACUUGAUUAAGAUUUUAGAUGAAAGCCAACUUCCGCCUCAGCUUAUAGAGACCGCUGAGAACCUUUUAGAGCAGUAUAUGCCGUUUGCAAUCACUUUUCUGUCCAACGAAUUCGACGACACAUCAUCAGAAGUAUUCCCGACCAUCUCAGAUCUACUCUCGCUACUUCGAAAAGAAAAGAAGCGCAAUCACCCGCUCACACCCAAUCGUUUGGCGAUGGUCACCUCUAUCCUCAAGACUGUCAUUGUCAAACUAAAAUACGACGAGACAAUGGAUUUCCACAACGGAUCCGACGACUCGGAGAAUGAAUUUCUAGACAUCAGGACGAGACUGCGGCUGUUCCAGGAUGCGGUAGCGGCGAUCGAUGAAGACCUGUUUAUGGAUACAAUCUCUAGCGUCGUUAUGGACUGUCUCUCAAAGCAAGACUGGCGCGAGGUCGAGCUUGGAUUGUUUGAGUUGGGCGCCUAUAGCGACGGUCUCCGAAAUGCCGCAGCUUUACCAGCAAAGGGUCGGGAGAGUUCAAAGGCGAUUGGUUUGCUAGAUAAUAUGCUUUUGAGAAUGACGAGCUCGAACGUGCUCUCGAUCGGCCACCCUGCGAUCAAUUUGCUUUACUUGGAGCUUGUCGUGAAGAACUCGAAAUUUUUCGAAUCACACCAGCAUCUUAUUCCGCAGAUGCUUGAGAUUUUCGUGUCUGGAGUUGGUAUCCACAGCUCGUACGUGCAAGUGCAGGUCCGAUCCUGGUUCCUGUUCUACCGAUUCAUCAAGUUGUGCAAGGCGAUGAUUGGGGAUAUCGCCGAGACGGCGCUCGGGGCUAUCGGCGAUUUACUGGUGAUCAAGGCGGAGCUUGCGCAGCGCGACGAAAACGACUCGGAUAUGUCUGAACCCGGAGCUGGCGAGACUGAUAAUAUCGACAGUCGGCUUUAUUUGUUUGAGGCUUCUGGGAUUUUUGUUUCGGUUGAUAGUGUCUCGGAUGAUAAGCAAAUUACGCUGAUCAAGAAUAUAUUAAAUCCGAUCUUCCUGGACCUGGAGCAGAGCCUUCCCCGAGCCCCCGAAGAUUCACGCUUGGCUCUUCAGGUGCACCAUGAUAUGAUGGCUAUCGGUACUUUUGCCCGAGGUAUCGCAGACGGCGGAAAGCAAAUCACGGAGCCGGUUCGCGAGCAAUUUCUCUUGGCUAGUCGGGCAAUCCUUGUCUCACUCGAGACGCUGUCCGGACUUGAGAUUAUCCGUGAAGCCAGUCGGUUUGCGUUUGCUCGGAUGGUGCCUAUCUUGGGGCAGUCAAUCCUUCCGGAGAUUCCGAUUCUUGUCAACCGGCUUUUGACGGAGAGCAGUACGCCUGAGCUGAUUGAUUUUAUGAGUUUCCUGGGCCAGCUGAUCCACAGCUUCAAGGGCGAGCCGGGAAUGUUUGAUAUGCUUGACCAGGUUCUCACGCCGCUUUUAAACGGUAUAUUCUACGCGCUCAGUGUGUCUGCGAACGGAUCUACAGACGAGGAGAUCCAGCAGACCGACAUGAAGAAGGCGUAUUUGAGCUUCAUGCUCGGCGUUCUCAACAACGGCAUGGGUGCAGUCUUGGCCAGCAAUACUAAUCGUCCGAUGCUAGACUCUGUUUUGCAGAGCGUGGCUCAUUACACUACGACAAGCAAUGACUCCUUCAUCAAGAAGAUGGGCAGCUCCGUCUACCCGCGACUAGAAGAGAUCCGAAACAAAAGCUAUCAAUAGGCAGAGUCGAAUGACUGUGCCUUUUCAUUUUUUAUAUACCCAGCAUUUUGUUCGUACCAAAAUCGCACAUGUACAAUUUCUGCUUAGAAUGUUCUAAUCAUCUCACACUGUUUGUUGUACAUAUUUGUCCUUUUGCUUCUUUUGUCAGUCGGUCAUUUAUUUCCCCCUUU